AUGAGAUCCUGUUAUUCUCAUAAAGGAGUUAGCCCUGGAAAACACCCCCUUCGAUCUAUAAAAUGUGACAAAAUAGGGCAAGAAGAUAUCCAAUCAAUAAACAACGGAGUAUAUACUGAUUGUAGUUUGUGUGGAAUAAUUCAUAAGGACCCACACAAUCAAAAAUUAUAUCCUUUACGAAAAGAUCAACAUAGAGAUAACUCGAAGUUUUAA